AUUAUUUUAUCAUUUUUUUCAGACAAAAUGUCAUUUUCCGGAUACAAGGAGGUUAUUGAGGAGAAUGAUAUUGCUUUUCUUUAUAUAAACUUCUCCACAAUAUAUCCGGUCAAAGUUACGGCGAAAACUUUCAGUAAAAAAGGACAAGAGGUUGAGAAUAUUUAUCAAACCAAAUACGGAGCACUGAAGGUCGCAGAUCUUGUGGGGAAAAAAUUUGGCACAAAGGUGACACUUAGUAAAGGAUACGCUCAUAUUCUUCAUCCUACUCCUGAACUAUGGACUAAAUCCCUACCACAUAGAACUCAGAUUCUGUACGCAACUGAUAUAGCCAUGAUUAUUCUACAGCUAGAGUUAAAACCAGGUACACAUAAAAUUUUAAUUCGAACAAUUGGUCCUGGAGGCCACCUUCACACAUUUGACUUCCACCAGCAGAGAGUGGAGAAGGCCAGAGAGGAGUUUAAGGAGCAUGGGGUGGACCACCUUGUAACAUGCUACCAUAGAGAUGUUUGUGAGAAUGGAUUUGAUCUUGAGAAUACAGCUAAUGCAGUUUUCCUCGACCUGCCCCGUCCCUGGUCCUGUAUUCCUCACGCUAAAAAAUCAUUAAAGUUGAGUGGAGGUCGUCUGUGCUCCUUCUCCCCUUGUAUAGAGCAGGUUCAGCAGACUUGUGAAGCGUUAAAAUCUCACGGAUUUACAGAGAUCUCAACUAUAGAGUGUCUUCUUAGAGAGUUCCAGGUUCGAAGAAUUCAUCUCCCUGUCUUUGAUCCAGAGUUUGAUCCUCUCCAGACAAACACUGAGUCCACUCCAGAGAUUGAAGAGAACGGGAAGAGCAGUACCAAAAAGAGAAGAUUUGAACGUGAAACCUCGAACAGGCAUUCAGAGUUGGAAACAAAGUUUGUGACAGGAGUGCCACUGACCACUAUGCCCGGGCACACUGGAUACCUAACAUUUGCCACACUACCACCAGUAUUAUAAACAAUACAUUCUUUUUAUUUUUUUAAAUAAAUUAUUUUCACGAAAAAA